UCCAAAUGUAGGUAAUUUUAUUUUCCUAUAUAACAUCUAGAUGUGUCAAUGUCAUCCGUUCUUGGGGGAAAGUAUAAGAAAUCCUAUCCAUUUCCUCAAAGUUCAGCAAUUUCUACAGGUCUUCCAAAUAAUCAGCUACCAGCCGUGCCGACGGAAGCCCUGUCGAAACUAUCUUAUUUGGACCGAUUGGAUCUCUCUAAUAACAAAAUCCACUCAUUGGAUGCUAAUUCUUUCAAGGGUAUACAAAACCUUACCUACUUGGAUAUAAGCGAUAACCAGUUAACAAGUAUCUCCCCUGAAGCCUUCAAGCCGUUAAUAAAACUAUCAGUUUUGAGGUUAAGAGGCAACUUGCUUAAGGUCGCCGCUUUGUCGUCUCUGAAGGGAGCGAAAUCGUUAAAAGAGUUGGACGUGUCAAGUAACGCGCUAGAAGGGCCUGUGGGACCGACAACUUUGCCGACACUAUUGGUCUUGGAGACCCUGCACCUGGCCGACAAUACCUUCGCGAGUAUACGGCGUGGCGCGCUGGCUGGCUUAGCAAAUCUGACACAUCUGAACCUGCACAAUAAUCAAAUAGAUGUAUUGGAAGACUACGCGUUCCGACAUUUGACAAAUUUGUCCCACUUGGAUUUGUCGCAUAAUGAAAUCGUUUCUGUUUCAGGAGCAUCACUAGCGCAGCUAACAAAUCUAGUGCACCUAGAUCUAUCUCACAAUUUUCUCCGUUCUCUCUCCGCUGAGCCGUUGAAAACUCUCCAUCAACUCUCCGAGCUUUUGUUACAUGAUAAUGACAUUUCUAUAAUUGAAGACGGUGCGUUAGCUCUGCAUAAGGAUUUGAGCCGGUUUACUAUUGAAGAUAAUCCGCUUAAUUGCGAUUGCUUAAUGGCCGGCUUUGCGAGGUGGUUAAGGGAAGCAAAAAAUGUGUCUCAAUCUGAUAAAUCCGCUGUGGUCUGCGCGACUCCACCCCACUUGGAAGGCGCCUUGCUAUCUCGCCUGUCCAAGAACAAACUCUGUGAUGAUUUCGACCACGUUGACCCUAAAGUGGACGAAUUAUACGACUAUAAUAAGGUUAUAGAAAACGCCAUAGAUGCAGAUAAAGAUGAUGAAGCUUAUGGUGAUAAACGAGACGGUUUGGAUGAUGAUAUGUAUGAUGAAGAAAUGGACGUACCCGGUGAAGAGGACUUGCCGAUAUCGCAAUCAAAGGUUCGUUUACUUGACACUUGGUUUGACGACGAAGAGGUCCAUCUCACAUGGGCAGUUGACCCUCCAUCCACUCGUCGGUUCAGAUGUACUGGGGUCACAGCGUCUAAAGGAGGGGGUCUACCGAAACAUAUCGCCUGUCAUAGAGCACCGCCCGCGAAUGUGAUACUGCGUGGUUUGAAGAUUGACCCCCUUGAAUCGUAUACGUUCUGCAUAGCCCUCGAAGAGAUGGAUCUCAAAGACGUGCCAAUGUCGUUGGUGUUGGGAUGUGGAACACCACAAGCAGUGAGACAAAGAGCAGCAUACGUGACCAUGAGGACGUCACCGGUUACACUGCCACCAGGACCUGAUAUACGGGUCUCCGAAGUACGCUCGAACGUAACAAGUGACGGUGUAUUGACAGUUUUAAUAUCUGUAAUGGGGCUACCAUCUCGAUCCCAGUUUGUAUCCAGAUCCCAAAGACUGUCCACUUCUGAUACACCGUAUUACCCUAUACACAACUGCUAUGUAGUUCUAGCAGUUUUAUCCCGAGGGUCUUUAGUAGCUCAAAAGGAUACACCUUGCCAUGAAACUUUAGGCAUAACCAUGGAAGGGUUUAUUCGUGGGCCUUAUGAAGUAUGCGCUACCAUAUCACAGAAUAAGGUUGACGAUACUCAUCCAAUUUGUAUCGUACCACAAAUGUUAGAACCAUUAGGCUCUGAAAUAAAAUCUGGUAUGAAAGGAUUGAAUACUGCGUUGAUUGGCGUGGCCUUAGGUCUGAUGAUUAUUGUAGUAGGUUUAGUGUGGUUUGUUAGGAAGAUGUUGAAGAAGCCUGUAGAUUUCCAACCCCAUAGAUGUUUCAGGUCAGAACCUGUACAGGAAGAGAAUACUAGAGCUAGUUAUGUUAUGCUCACGGCAACUUCUAAAGUUUGAAGCUAUGUAUGUGGCUAAUCUAUUGUGAUUGAAAAUCAUUGUUUGACUUUGUUCGUUACAGAAUUAUUGUGCCUUGUUUAUUAUGUUUAAAACAUUUAUUACUUCUUAACAGUUUAGUCAGUUGUUUAGUUAUGUUAGUUUGUAAUGUGUAUGAAAAUGUGCCUACUACGAUGGUAUCUAACCAGAACAUAUUCGCUUAAAGAGAGCAGUAAUUUCUAUCAAUAAUAGACUGUUGUAAUAAAAUCUGCUUAUCAUAAUUUUUUAUCUAUCGGCCAGAUAGAAUAAAAAUAGUUUAGUAUAACUUAUUUGAGAGAAAAAAUGAAUCAGAUAAAUGUAUAGAUGUUAACAAUUAUUUUAACCAUAAUAUUCUUCGGUUAUCUAUUUAUAAACUGUAACAAUAUAUUUUUACUCAUUGUCAAUGCAAUUAAUAUUAGAAACGAGAACUAUUUUUAAUAUUUGAAUGUCAUUAAUGUAUUUGUUACCGGAAAUAGAUGAAAUCAAGGAAUUGUAUACAAAUCCUAGGAAAUGUGUACAAUUCCGAUACUAUUUAGGAAAUGUAUAAAAUAUUGUCUAAAAAAAUUAUUAAAUAUCUUAGGAAAUGUAUAAUUUUCCUCGGAAUGUAUACAAUGACGGAUUACAUACAUUUCCGUUGACAUAUUCAUUAACUAGAUUAUUUCAUUUAGACCUUUCACAAGAAUAAUUGUUAAAUUAUUCGUGUCAAGUGUUAUGAAAACUUAUACUAGAAUUAAUUAUGUAAAUAAUUAUCUUAUUCUAUUAAUAGCCAGCUUAAUCUUUUCACGGAACUGAGAUUUGCCAGUUUGUAAACACUGAUAUAUACUACUUAUUGAGAAGUGUCUUGAGAUAAUACAAUUAAUUCUGAGUAGUCGUUAACAUAAUCGAUAGUGUAAUCUUUGUUGCUAAUAGUAAUAUAUUUCGUCAUGACUGAAUAUCAUUACUAAAAUAUGGAUUUCGGAUUAACAUAUAUCUUCUGUGAAGAUUAAUAUUAAGCUAAUAAUAUAUUAACACGAGGCUUUGAGUUAAUAUUGUAUAGGAUCGUUUUUGUUUUUAAUGAUUUCGUUUGUUUGCGGGUAGUUGUAAUUUUUGAAGUGAAACUUCUUUAUCGGAGUUGGAAAAAAAUUUAGUGUAACAUUUUUUCGCUACGCGUGACAAUUUUCCGUUACGCGCCAUCUUUUUCU